AGUGCCGGUUGCCACUGAACAGCACCAGAUUCGCCUCUCCCUCCCGAGGCCUUGGCCGGCGCGAGGUCGAGGAGAGGAAGCUCCCAUGGCGGAGGAGGCGGCGCAGGAGCAGCAGACGGACCCCGCCGCCUCCCGCCCCGUCCGCUGCAUCGUCAAACUCGGUGGAGCGGCCAUCACGAACAAGGGAGAGCUGGAGAGCAUCGACGCGGCGAGCUUGCGGUCGGCGUGCGCGCAGCUGCGGCAGGCCAUGUCCCACGGCGGCGCGGCGGGGAAGGUUGUGGGGAUGGACUGGAGCAGACGGCCCGGCGAUCCGACCGGCCCGGUCGUGGAUGUGGAGGGCUUGUCGGAGAUGGGAGGCUUGGGGCUCGACUCCAACUUCGUCGUCGUCCAUGGUGCCGGGUCUUUUGGUCACUUCCAAGCAAGUAGAUCUGGAGUCCAUAAAGGGGGUCUUCAUUCAACACUUGUGAAGGCUGGCUUUGUGGCUACAAGAAUUUCAGUCACUUCUCUCAACCAGGAGAUUGUUAGAGCUCUUGCAAGAGAAGGAAUACCGUCUGUUGGGAUGUCACCGUUUGCUUGUGGAUGGUCUACUAAGCAAAGAAAUCUUGAAUCAGUGGAUGCUUCUCAAAUCAUGCUAUCACUCCAUGUUGGCUUUGUCCCUGUUUUGCAUGGAGAUGCUGUUCUUGAUGAAUUGCUGGACUGCACCAUUUUGAGUGGGGAUGUCAUUAUACGCCAUCUUGCACAGCUUCUGAGUCCAAAAUAUGUUGUAUUUCUGACAGAUGUCCAUGGAGUAUUUGAUCGUCCUCCAUCAGACCCGAAUGCAGUACUUCUCAGAGAGAUAGCGGUGGAUGAAAAUGGCAGCUGGUCGAUUGUAAAACCAGCAUUGAAAGGCAACAAGAAAGGAGUGGAGAUAUCUGUAGCUGCACAUGACACCACUGGCGGAAUGGAGACCAAAAUAUUGGAAGCUGCUGCGAUAGCUAGGCUUGGAGUUGAUGUGUAUAUUACAAAGGUUGGUACAGAACAUUCACUGAGAGCCUUAAAAGGGGACACGAGCUCAGAAGAUUGGCUUGGAACCGUCAUACGAUCUUCCAGAUAGAAUUCUUGGCCUAUCAUUUUCGGGAGAAGAACUAUUGAAAAAUCUUGAACCAAGGCUUCAAAUUGCCGUUCGAAGGGCUGGUGAGAACAAACGGCUACAAUAGAUCGAUCGAUGGCAUUUUCAAGCAGAAAGAGAGGAAAAACUAUAUGGUUUUGAGUACUGUCAAGAACGAGGGCUCAAAGAUAUCUAUCAUGCCACUGUGCCAUAAGAAAUUAAUGAAGAAAUAAAGAAAAAUAUGUUCUAGCACAUACACUUUGUGCCGUAGCAAAUGAAAUAGAUGUUCACAAAGUUCAAAUAGAUACUACCGGCCUUAUCUUUUAGCUUAUGCUUAUAUUUAUCAGCCAAAAUAUGCAUUUCAACCUUAAAUAUGAAGUUUAUUUUGGGAUUUU